CCGUACAGUCCAGCUUUGAAACCCAGGACCUGGCAUUUUUAAUCAUUUUACAGAUCGAAUAUCAUGACCAAUCUCAAAGACGAGAAUAACAAACGCAAGGCCUCAGAGGACCUUGAAUCCACCGUCGCCAAUAAACGUGUCAAAGACUCUCAUGAAGAUUCAGAAGAGGGUGAAAAGAAGCCACUCAAAGUGGUGCCAUUUCCAGAAAAGCCCGCUGUCAUCGAAGAACGCAAUGGCGAAAUCGAGUUCAGAGUUGUCAACAAUGAUAAUGAGCGCGAGAGUUUGAUCAUCUUGACUGGUCUUAAAUGUAUCUUCCAGAAACAACUCCCAAAAAUGCCGAAGGACUAUAUCGCGCGACUGGUUUAUGAUCGUACCCAUUUGUCCAUUGCUAUCGUCAAGAAGCCACUAGAAGUAGUGGGGGGUAUCACGUAUCGACCAUUCAAAGGCCGGCAAUUUGCCGAAAUAGUCUUCUGCGCCAUCUCGUCGGACCAGCAAGUCAAAGGGUACGGUGCCCAUUUGAUGUCACAUUUAAAGGACUACGUAAAAGCAACAUCUGACGUCAUGCACUUCUUGACUUAUGCGGACAAUUAUGCUAUUGGAUACUUCAAAAAGCAGGGUUUCACGAAAGAAAUAACUCUGGAAAGGCAGCGCUGGAUGGGCUAUAUCAAAGAUUAUGAAGGUGGAACGAUUAUGCAAUGCACAAUGGUGCCGAAGAUUCGGUACCUUGAAGUCGGACGGAUGCUUUUGAAGCAAAAGGAGGCCGUUCACGCAAAGAUUCGGGCAUUCAGCAAGAGCCAUAUCGUGCACCAACCACCAAAGGAAUGGAAAAAUGGCGUCUGCAAGAUUGAACCGAUGAGUAUUGAUGCCAUUAGAGAGUCCGGAUGGUCUCCAGACAUGGACGAGCUAGCCCGUCAGCCGCGCCAUGGCCCCAAUUACAACCAGCUCCUUCAUCUACUCAAUAAUAUGCAAAACCAAGGAUUUGCUUGGCCGUUCACACAGCCGGUUAAUAAGGAUGAAGUCGUCGACUACUACGAUGUCAUUAAGGAACCCAUGGACUUAUCUACGAUGGAGGAAAAGCAUGAGAAGGACAUGUACCCAACUCCUGAAGACUUCAUACGGGAUGCGAAGCUCAUCUUUGAUAACUGUCGACGGUAUAACAAUGAGCAUACUCCGUAUGCAAAGAGCGCAAACAAGCUCGAGAAGUACAUGUAUCAACAGAUCAGAGGCAUUCCUGAAUGGGCUCACCUGGCGGAGCAAUAGCCUCAAACGUAUUACGCUGUAAUGAUCAAAUAAUGAAUUGGAGGGCGUUUUGUUGAAAUUUCAAAUCGCACUCAACUUUUACGGGUCGAGAAAGGCGUUUGGUCUUGUUUUUGGGAGCACGCUCUUGGACAAUGAGCACCUAAAAUUAGCAAAUCUUCUUGAAUAUUUGCAGCGUUUUGGGGUAUUGAAUAGCAUUGAUGAGCGAUUUUCGAUAAUAUGAUACGAGGAAUUUAACCCAUG